UUAAUUUCUGUAUUGUUAGUUUCUGCCCAAAAAAAAAAAAACAGAGAGAGAGAGAGAGAGACAGAGAGAGAGAAUGAGGAACAAUCCAUGGUUUGUGUCCAUCUCCUCUUUUGUUGUCAGCAACCACACGACAGGCCUUCUGAUGAUUGAUUAACUGAUUUUUUUUUUUAACUAUCUUUUUGUUAAAUAAUUUUCAGUUAUUCGAUCUUUUUAUAUUUUCUCCUCUGUCUGCACCAUCAAAUCGUAUCCUGCACGGGAUUGGGACUAGAAUGGAACUCAUUUGAAACUUAAAGCAUGCAUUCAGUUUGAAUACCUGUAUUUGGUGUUGGUUAAUUGGCCAUUGUUAGAGACUCCAAUACACCUUGUAGGCAUGCACCCAGACGAGUGACAAAAGUAAAUUUAAGAGUUGGUGACCAACCUUACAAACUACUCCCUCCAUCCAUUAUUAAUUAAAUCCUUCGUAUCAAUAAAAGUUUGUUAUUUAGUUAAAAUCACAUAAUUUUCUGGUUUUAUCCCUAAUAAUGUCACAAUUAAUAUCAUAGUGGUGGAGGGUAAAGAACACAAUUAAUAUCUCCUCCAUUCUUAAAAAAAAAAGAAGGGCAAAAUUGUUUAAUUACUCAAAAAUAUCAUUGGAAUUUCUUAUAUUUAGGGACAUAAUAAACUUUUAUAAAACACUAUAUAUAGGGAGAGGGGCAGUACACGAACAGAUUGCGUGUUGAUAUAGAACCAGAACUUGUGACUGCCUAAAUGCCUUUGUGGCAUAUUUUGUGUAAUUCUUGUUUGAUCUUUGUGUUAUUAACUGCUAUCUGUUACUGAGGGAGCGGAUUUUAGAGUAUAGGGAUGAGAGUCAGAGAUUACGUCAGAGCAGUCGUCUCUAAAUAUUCAGUUUCAAAUGAUGGCUUUAAGUCUGAUGCCAGCCAUAUUGUUUAGGUACAUCGUGGAAUCAGGGCUGCCAUGGAAUGACCACGAAACUUGCAGCGGGAACUGACGUCUGCUGUAAAGAAUAUGUUAUUUAACACACAGAUGCCUGUUCGUUCUUAUAGGACUUUAUGUCCAAGGUUCCUUCAUCGUAAUAAGGGGAAUGCUUUUAGCUCCACUGCUCCAUCGCAGAUAGCUGGAGUGACUGUUAUGCCUAUAUUUUUUAGUAUAGCACGAGCUACAUUCAUGCCUGUGCCUCAUUUUUACCAUGGGCUUCUGAAGAAACCAUCAUCCCUCUUAUGCCAAACAGCUUCAACAUUUGAUAAGCAUCUUGGUGAAUACUGCCAGAGGAUUGAAGAGUUGGAACUGCUUCUCAAAAACUCUGAGAGAAACACUUCCAAUAAUGGAUCCUUCUCCUUGCAGUCUCUUCCUGAAGUCAUGGCAAACGUGCAUGACAUUUUUAUUCAUGUGGUUACAAAGGUGGAGAACAGCAUUCACCAGCACAUGAAUCACAUGAAAUCAACAUGCCACGUUAAACAUCGCCCCUGGCAAGAGCAGAAUGAUCCAUCUCAAGUGGCUGAUCAGUGUGAAACAGCAAGAAAAGAAAUUGCCUCAAAAAGAGUUCAUCCAACACUGCAAUUACGGGAAGAUUCACAACCAUCAACAGAACUUGCUGGGUUAUUUUCUAGUUCUGGAACAGCAGGGCCAUUGACUGCCCCACAUACAUCUCCACUAACUUCAAAUUCUUCUGGAAGUGGGUUCUCAGUUUUUAGCAUGCCUCCUUCAGCUCCAUCUUCAUUGUUGUCAUCUUUUUCUAUGACGACAACAACUUUUGCUCCACAAUCUCCUUUGUUAUGGUCGUCAAGUGCUACACCCCAAACCUCACUUUUAAUCUCUUCAUCGAGUUUCUUGUUCUGUUCCACUUGCUCUCAGUUUGGUAGUACUGCUCCAUUAUGCGGUACAACUUCUGGAGGAUCAACCUCUUCAACCUCAUUUUCUUUAGAAAGGAAAAAGGUCAAGAUCCUAAUACUCCUUGAUGCUGACAGAAGUGAUCUGAAAUUGUAAGGCUGUUCGCAGCUUUUCUGAUAUGAACGUUCCUCAUGGAAUAUUGAUUUGUUCUUGUGACAUGGUCUUACACUCAACUUCUUUCCUACGAUUCUAAUGGAUCUUCAGAGGUAGAAAAGGCAUCGUAGACUCGUAGUUAGUAUCGGAUGCCAUUUAUUAUGCCAUAUUGAAUUUCCUUCAGUUCUUCUGUGAGGCAUUUUCGAGUGUGGCCCUGCAAAAUACUAUUCUCUAACAGGGUGAUUGAUCUAGGUCAUGAUUUUGGGUAAAAAACUUUCAUGGAGUUAUAGCCAGUAGAUAAAAAAUUUUGUUGGUUGAAUUUGUUGUGGGAGAAGGCUUCUCUACGUUAAUCGUUAUGAAAUUUUGCCCCAUGUAUAACUGGAUCCGUUCCUGUGUCCAAACGGCCUAUAAAUUGCUCUGCAAUUCUCAAUAGCUAAUACGGUUCGUUA